UCGCCUCGAUACUUCACGUCAUAAUUCAGUUUCACUUUACAACAAUCGACACCUUGUGGACAAAAAGACUCAUUGCAUCAACGGCUUAAGCUUGGCAUAUACCGGAAACAAAACAUUUUUCUGACACUAGUUUUUAUUUCCGUUUCCGGGGUCAGUGUUUACUCUCGCUGCAGAAACAUGGCGGAUAUGGAUGAAUUGUUCGGCAGUGAUGGAGACAGCGACAAUGAGCAGCGAGAGUCUGGGUCUGGGUCCGGUUCUGACUCGGAGCCGGAGAGGCGCAUGUCUGGCAGCAACGCCUCUGGCAGUGGCAGUGAGAGUGAGAGGGAACGAGAUGAUGAUGAAGACGAAGACGAUGGCCAGGAGGCAGGAAAGGCCAGUAUGAAUAAGGAGUUGUUUGGUGACGACAGCGAGGAUGAACAGCACAGUCAACACAGCGGCAGCGACAACCAGUCAGAACGAUCAGGGAACCAGUCAGACGCCAGCGUGCACUCAGACCAGGGUGAAAACGAUCACUCUGAUGCAGAACAGCACAGUGGCUCAGAACGAGGCCACCGAGACGAGGACGAAGACGACGAGGACAGGGGACACCACUCUGAUGCCGGAAGUCCAGGCGGCAGUGGGAUGUCUGGAGCAGGGAGUCCUCGCUCUGAGAGGGGCAGUGCUCACUCAGAGAGAAGUGUUCAUAGUGACCCUGGGACACCACAGUCAGCACCAGGAACCCCUCACUCAGAUGCAGAAGCUUCUGGCAGGGAGAACCAGUCAGAUGAUGAGAAGUGGGAGAGGGGGGUCAAGAGUGACCAAUCAGAGGACGAGGAGGAGAAACGUCAUUACUCUGAUGAAGAACAGGAGAACUCUGAUGACGAGGGGCUGAGGAACAGGAAGUCAGAGUCUGCAAAGGGCAGUGACAGUGAAGAUGAUUUCAUCAGACAGAAAACCAAAGCAAAAGCUGCAUCUGACUCAGACUCUGACAGUGAUGUUGGGACAAAAAAGGUGAAGAAAACAGCAGCAGAUGACCUGUUUGGAGAAGCUGAUGACAUCUCCUCAGACAGUGAUGCAGAGAAGCCACUGACCCCAGGCCAGCCUCUGGACAUGGAGGACGGGAUGGAGGGGGAGCAUGCGGAAGAGGAGCCAGCCCCUGAGACACGUAUCGAAGUCGAGAUCCCCAAAGUCAGCACAGACCUGGGAUCUGACCUGUACUUUGUCAAACUACCCAACUUCUUGUCUGUAGAACCCAGACCCUUUGACCCUCAAUAUUAUGAGGAUGAGUUUGAGGAUGAAGAAAUGCUGGAUGAAGAAGGAAGGACCAGACUCAAACUGAAGGUGGAGAAUACGAUCAGGUGGAGGGUGAAGAGGGACGAGGAGGGAAUUGAGACACGAGAGAGCAACGCACGCAUCGUCAAAUGGUCCGACGGCAGCAUGUCCCUCCACCUGGGGAACGAAGUGUUUGACGUUUACAAAGCUCCUCUUCAGGGAGACCACAACCACCUGUUCAUCCGACAGGGUACUGGACUGCAGGGACAGGCCGUCUUCAAGACCAAGCUGACCUUCAGGCCACACUCCACAGACAGCGCCACCCACAGGAAGAUGACCCUGUCUCUGGCUGACCGCUGCUCCAAGACACAGAAGAUCAGAAUCCUGCCCAUGGCAGGACGAGAUCCAGAGUCGCAUCGCAAUGAAAUGAUUAAGAAAGAGGAGGAGCGGCUGAGAGCCUCCAUCCGCAGGGAGUCCCAGCAGAGGAGGAUGAGGGAGAAGCAGCACCAGAGAGGCCUGAGCAGCAGCUACCUGGAGCCCGACCGCUACGACGAUGAGGAAGAAGGCGAGGAGGCCAUCAGUCUGGCAGCCAUCAAGAGAGGGUACAAGGGUGGAGGUCUACGAGGAGAGCGAGGGGCAAGAAUCUACUCCUCCGAUGACAGCGACGAGGGCUCGGAUGACGACAGGACCCAGAGGUUGAUGAAAGCCAAGAAGUUGGACAGUGAUGAGGAACUUGAAGAAUCAGGAAAGAGAAAAGCAGAAGAUGACGAGGAGAUGACAACCAAGAAGGCCAAGAAAUAUGUCAUCAGUGAUGAGGAGGAUGAGGAGGAAGAGGACGACGAGUAAAUCAUCUUUUUUUUUUUUUUUUUAAUUCCAUUCUCUGAAUUAACAGUGGCUUAAACACAUGACAUAUGAGCAGCCACGUCCUGUUUUGUAUAUUUCCUGAGCUGUGAGUGGGUGAGUGUUGUCUGCGUUGUAUGCAGGGGUGAGAAAAUAAAGUUGUUUUUUUUUCUUAUGUAACCGAC